CGUGUGUCUCCAAAACUCCAGAGUCGGGGAUACUGAUUACCUACCUUCGGUGACAUUGUCGCCUGAUGGAGUCCAUACAUUCCAUAUCUUUGACGCUUUGUAUUUGGCGGCCAUACCAUCCGGGAACAUUUGUCGCCAUACAGACAGGGCCACGGUCUUGGACACACUCACAGCUUCACUUGCGAAGCUCAGAAACCAUUUCGCUGCCUCUACGUCACUAACGCAGUGACGGCCUUAUCUUCAAAUAAUGGCCGAGGAUGUGAGGGAAGAGCCAAAGCCGGCUUUUAAGAACUACAAAGGGUUUGUGGCUGGCGUCUUUUCCGGCAUUGCCAAACUAACAGUCGGCCACCCAUUCGACACGGUCAAAGUCCGCCUCCAAACGACCGACGCCGCCCGUUUCGCAGGACCGCUGCAGUGCGUAACCCAGACGGUCCGGAAUGAGGGCAUCCUCGCGCUGUACAAGGGCGCCAGCCCUCCCCUCGUCGGGUGGAUGUUCAUGGACUCCGUCAUGCUGGGCUCCCUCAACGUGUACCGCCGCCUCCUGUCCGAGCACGUCUACCACGUGCGCGGUUUCCAGCCCGGCGCGCCGGUGCGGGCCGACAGCCUCCCCUGGCACGGGCACGGCGUGGCGGGCAUCCUGGCCGGCGCGACGGUGAGCUUCAUCGCCGCGCCGGUCGAGCACGUCAAGGCACGGCUGCAGAUCCAGUACGCGGCCGACAAGGCGCAGCGGCUGUACCAGGGCCCCAUCGACUGCGUGCGCAAGAUCUUCCGCGCGCACGGCAUCCGCGGCGUGUACCACGGCCUCGGCUCUACCCUGCUGUUCCGCUCCUUCUUCUUCUGCUGGUGGGGCAGCUACGACGUCUUGUCCCGCCUGCUGCGCGAGCGGUCCGACCUCGGCGCGCCCGCCGUGAAUUUCUGGGCCGGCGGGCUCAGCGCCCAGGUCUUCUGGCUGAGCAGCUACCCGUCCGACGUGGUCAAGCAGCGGAUCAUGACGGAUCCGCUGGGCGGCUCGCUCGGCGACGGGGUGAGGCGGUUCCCCCGGUGGAGGGACGCUGCGGUGGCGGUUCGGCGCGAGAACGGGUGGAGGGGCUACUGGCGUGGCUUCAUGCCUUGCUUCUUGCGCGCUUUCCCUGCGAAUGCCAUGGCGCUGGUUGCCUUUGAGGGCGUAAUGAGAGCGUUGCCCUGAGGGGGGUGAAACCCUCGACCUCCAUCGAUUGAUUUUGGUGGGAUACGAAUGUUUGUAUAUAUAACUCGGCAUCUUCUUUCUCCUUUUCUUCUUCUUUUGUUCUUCUUUU